AUGCUGAUCCACACGGAAGAUGCAUAUGAGAAAUUGAUUGAGGGUCAACCCACUAUAGCAAAAGCGUGGAAGAAGUCGGAAGACAACUUUGAAAAGAAGAGCAAUGCGCGCAUGAUUCUGCUUAGGAGGGAGUUGAUCGGUCUAAGGUUGAUCAAGGAGAAAGCCAUUGCAAAGUAUCUAGGGGAAUUCCGGGAGCUCAAGCCAGAUGUGCAGGCGGCGGGACAAACCGUCUCAGAGGGUUUGCAAAACGCGGAGUGCCCCAAGUGCAGCGACAGGGGCCACACAAACGUGGUGUGUAGGCAUCUACAGCGCGGCGCAAGUGGCCGCGCAAAGGAUAGAGGGUUUGUGGAGGAUGUAAACGGAGCAGCCUUUGUGGUGUGGGGCGACGACGUGGAUGUGCGCAAAGGGGUGUGGAUUGUUGACUCGGGCAGCACCCAGCAUGUCACGGACAAUCCGAGCCAAUUCACGAGCUCUAAUCAGCUCGUGCGUGAUGAGAAGAUCGUGGGGAUUUGUGGCAAGUCUUCGGUUGCAAUAGGAAUCGGAGAUUGGAGUUGA